CUAAACUGGCAAAUUUGUAAAUAAUUUGAGAGAGAGAGAACAACUUAACAGUGGAAGGGAAACAACAGGAAAAGAAAGAAAGAAAACCUUCUCUCAAAAUCUUGUUUCUCGGGCCAUCCGUUCACAAAUAUCGAGGCUUUUCAAUUUUCUUUUCUGAAAUUCUUUGUUUGCCCACUCUUCUUCUUCAAUUUUGUACUAUAAUUAAUUUAUUAUUCAAUUUCAUCAUCACUGUUUUUAUAGAGAAAGAAGAGAAAAUUUGCAGAGCUGUGACGGAUGAUGAUGAAUCGGUUGUUUAUUCAUUAGUUUGAUGGAUUUUCAUGGGAAGCCAGGAACAAUGAGGAGUUUUAACAGUGAAGAAGACAGUGAGCGUUUCUAUGAUACCCGGGAGGAAUUUACAUCAAUUUCUGAUUCUAGUUCUGAAUAUUUGGACAUUUUAGAUAACAAUUCGUGUUCUAGUAGCAGUGAUUCCGACUCGAGUAGUUUCCGCUAUGAAUUAUGGAUUAAGAAACCAGCCAGUGUUAAUGAACGUCGCAGUAGGUUCUUUAAAUGGAUGGGUAUAAAUCUAGAUCAGACUGACAAGGAGAAUUCUGAGGGUACUUCUGAUGAUGAAGGCUCAAUGGAAAUUGACCGAGUUUCUGAAAGCAGCGGAGCAGUACUGGGGAACUCUGAUUUUCAAGACGAAUUUUCAUCUAGUCAAUCUUCUAGAGAUGGAUCUUUUUCUAGAGAUGGAUUUUUAUCUGAUGAUUUAGUUUCUGAAGAGAAUUUUGAAUGUAGAAUCAAGAACUUGGAUGACGGAACAGAGUUUAUUGUGGAUGAAUUGGGGCAAGAUGGGAUGUUGAAGAGGCUUCGUCAAGUGGGUUCAAACAGAUUGGUCACUGUUGAAGAGUUUCAAAGAAAUCUUGGCUUGUCUUCUGUGGUUCAGAGGGUAAUGCGCCGAGGAGUCGCAGAAACCAGUGAUUCCGGUAAGACUACACGGAGGGUGAGCAAAGGGUGGCUAAAGAAACUGGGUGCAGUGGCUUGCAUUGUUAAUAGGCAAGGGGAAGGUGCGGGAGUGAGCCCAAAUGGUUUACGACAAAUUGUUAAAGAUAGUGUUCGUAGGGUUGGCGUACGUGCACGUAGAAAGCCAUCGAAGGAACUCUCAGCUCUCUAUAUGGGACAAGAGAUCCAAGCACACGAUGGUUCAAUAUUAUCAAUGAAAUUUAGUCCUGAUGGGAAGUAUCUAGCUAGUGCAGGUGAAGAUGGAAUUGUCCGUCUGUGGGAAGUGUUGGAGGUGGAAAGAUCAAGCGAGAGUGAAGUUUUAGAUACUGAUCCUUCGUGCAUGUAUUUCAAGCUGAACAGUUCGUCUGAAUUAUCCCCUGUCUUGGAGGAUAAGAAGAAAAUGCCUAAAUGCAAGAGCCUUAGGAAAGUCUCUGAUUCGGCUUGUGUCAUAUUGCCCCCAAAAGUUUUUCGAUUAUCAGAAAAACCACUUCAUGAGUUUCAUGGUCAUAGUGGUGAGGUCUUGGAUUUGUCUUGGUCAAAUAAGUAUUUGCUAUCAUGCUCCGUGGAUAACACCGUUCGCCUGUGGAAAGUUGGAAGCAAUCAAUGCCUCAAGAUCUUCUCUCACAAUAAUUAUGUGACAAGCGUGAAUUUUAAUCCAGUUGAUGAUAAUUACUUCAUCAGUGGUUCUAUAGAUGGAAAGGUUCGAAUUUGGUCAAUAUCUGACUGCCAAGUGAUUGAUUGGACUGAUAUAAAGGAAAUUGUCACUGCUGUGUGUUAUCGGCCUACUGGACAGGGCAUAGUAGUUGGCUCCAUGACAGGCAAUUGCUACGUGUUCGAUGCAUCAGAUAACCAUUUGCAAUUGGGCACUCAACUCUGCUUACAUGUUAAAAAGAAGUCUACUGCCAAGAGGAUUACUGGAUUUCAGUUUUCCCCUAGCGACCCCAGCAAAUUGAUGGUCACUUCUGCGGAUUCUCAUGUGCGUGUUCUCGAUGGGGUUGAUGUUAUCUGCAAGUUCAGGGGCCUUAAAAAUGCUGGAAGUCAGAUAUCUGCUUCUUUUACUUCAGAUGGGAAACAUAUCGUUUCCGCAAGUGAAGAUUCUAAUAUUUACAUCUGGAACUCUGAUAGCCAGGAUGAAACUCAUUUACAAGCAAAGAGCACCUGGUCAUGUGAACGCUUCAUCUCCAGCAAUGCAUCAGUUGCAAUUCCUUGGUGUGGUGCGAGUUAUGGGAGUUCCGGUCUUUCAAAUGCAUGGGGAUCACUUCCAUCUGAUCAAAUUUCAGGUUGCUCUAAAAUAAAUAAUUUAGACUAUGGAAUGCAGCAUUCCCGCUUAUCGUCACCCGAUUGUUUCUCUUUGAGUAGUGGGUUCUUCUCAGAUGGUUUUCCGAAGGGAACUGCAACUUGGCCAGAGGAGAAACUUCCGACAUCAAAUUCAAUAAAUAUGUCAUCAUCUCUCUGCAAAUCUCAUUACAAGUUUGUGAAGAGUUCUUGCGAGAGCACAUCAAAUUCUCCUCAUGCAUGGGGUAUGGUAAUUGUGACUGCAGGGUGGGAUGGAUGCAUUAGGUCUUUCCAAAAUUAUGGAUUACCAGUUUGUAUCUGAAAGCUUAGGAGGGUUUCAGAGUAGUCCACUGUGCGACAAAAUCCCCUGUUUUGAUGGGUAUCUCGUCGUGUUAGUUCACCAGUUGGGAUUAGUCUCUGCAAGUUUGGUAAUAUUCACAGUCAUCAAACAUGUUUACGGGCUUCCUAAUAGGUCACAUUAAGAUCGAAAAAACUGGAUUCUGCCACAGCAUUUACAGCUACAACCAGAGGUCUACAAAACUCAAGUUUGUAGUUGGGAUCCAUCACAUGCUUUAUAAUUUUUGCUACGCAAUUGGGAGUGAUACUACGACGAUUAGUAACAUUUCUGUGAUUGUAGUGAAAUCUUGCAGGCAUGUCAACAAGGGAUAUUUGUUCGUGUUUGUGGGUUGUGACAUCAGAUGUCUUGCCAACUUUAUGAUUCUUUUAUUCAAUUUAUUCGAUUCAUGAUAGGCUAUUGAGGAGAGGAAAUUUUGAAGGGGUCAUUUAUAUUAGAAACUGGUAUCAGACGGAUGGGUCUACUAGGCUUUUCGAGUCUUUCUUUUCCAAGAUAGGCGUGAUGUGUUGUGGUGUAGAGUGAGAUUAGCAAAAGAAGAACUGAGAAUUGGUGGUUAGGGAAUAUCCAUGAGAAAUUGGUGGGGAAGCUUGCAGCCUUUAUGAUAUGUUGGUUGGUUGGAUAUCUGAAAUGAUCCGGUUCUCUUGUCUGCAAGAAAUGACAACUCUUUCAAAGGAUCAGUCCUACAUUUGGUGGGACCAAGAAAUACCUCGUUCUGUCGUGUCAUUUCAGCUGUGAUGAACUUGUAGAAAAAUCUUUUGCAUUCUGAGGAGUUAUCCUGUUCGAAAUGUUGACUACUCAUCUUUGUAUUCUUGGUAUAGCUGCUGCCAGCACAUGGAUAUGGUGGCAAAAUUGACCGCAUAGAGACCUUGGUAAUUUUGAAACCUGUCCGGUCAAGUCUGCUGUUAGUAAAUUAGUACAUAUGUAUAUGUUACCUAACUGUAACUUAUCUUAUUUUGAGUAUGAAAGUUGUUCAGAGUGUUUCGAUGUUU